UUUGAUGGUAAAGUUCUCUUCGUCUUAAAACAGCUUCAAAAUAUUUCCCUCGAGGUCACUCUAGUUUGAGCUUUGAUGGUAGAGCUCUCUUCAUUUCAGAAGAAAUGUCUCACUCAUGGGAAGAUGCACAUACAGUCCUUGUGGCUACUGGGAUAACUUGGCUCGGCCAUUAAAGAACUAACAAGGCAUGAAAAGUACGUACAGUAGUACUAUCUAAAGUCUAAACAGUCUUAUGUGUCAGUCAAACAACCAUUUUCUGCUGAAAUUAAAGUUUGACAUGAACCAGGCGGCUGUGAAACGGCCAGCAUCGUUCGCCUCCACAAAACCCAAUCACAAGCACACCGGAGACCGGACAUGGACGCUGUGGCGUCGCCUAGCAUCACGUGCAUGCAACGUUAGGCGCGCCGUCGCCGUUGGAGUGCCCUCAACCACCUCCGCAUCCUCCCCUCUGGAAUAGACGCAACAGCAGAACAAAUUAUUGAGAGAUAGACACGCCCCACAGCCCAGCCUCCAGCGCCACUUGAACCUGAAGCAGAGGCCACAGUGCAAGCGCCACUCGAACCAGGGACGAUGAAGCCGCAGACGCAGCUCCUCCUCCUCCUGGCCUCCAUCGCCGCGGCGCUGCUCAUGAGCCGCGGCGUCCUCGCCGGCGCCGGCGCCCACGCCGCGAUGCCGGUGCGCAUCGUCGAGGACGACGAAGUGGGCUUCGCAGAGCGUGAGGAGGCGGCAUACCCACAGAGGAGGGUGCUUGCUUACAAGCCCGAGUACGUCGGCUACGGAGGGCUGGAGGAGAACAAGGCGGCGUGCUACGGCUCCUGCCCCGGCCGGGGGCAGCCCUACACCGGCCGCGGCUGCAAGGCCAUCUUCGGCUGCCGCGGGCGUUGAUUAUCUCAUCUCAUCUGGAAGGUACUACUGCCAUUCCUGUUUGGCUUCACGGCAGGAGAAAGGGCCCUUCUUCCACUGACCCAGAAAGCUGUGGGGAGAUAAAAAAAUGUGGUUACUGUGUAAUCUCAAGUAGUUUUACAUGCAUGUAUUUGUGUUCUUGUGUGUAAUUUUUGGUUCCUUGUGUGUAUAAUAAUGUGUGUUUGGAUGAAUCCAAGCAUGCAUACAAUUCAGAAAAAAAAAAUUGUGUUAUUAGUUUCCAGGAAGGAAUGAACAGCUCAAACAAUUAGCCAA